UAGUGACAGCAGCUGCACGCAGCUUCCUGCCCGGCAGCCCAUCAUCAUCUGCGCAUGCGCAGCAGCCGGGGAGGAGGAGGAGGGAGACAUGGCUGAGCUGUAUGUCAAACCAGGCAACAAAGAGAGGGGUUGGAAUGACCCUCCCCAGUUCUCAUACGGCUUGCAGACCUCGGGAAGUGGAAAACGCACACCUCUGAAUAAGAGAGUGCCUGCUCCGUUACAAGGUCCUCUCUCAGGUCCUCCGGCGCCGCAGUCCCUUUCAGCUUCCACCCCACCAAAGAUGCCUCCUUUGUGCCCUGUGGGUGGCACUGGUCCCUCUCCUGCAGGACAGGUGAUGUCACCGCUGAGAACAGAUGGCACCAAGCAGUGUUCCGGUCACACAGACUCCGACGUUCCUGUAGAUCUAUUGGACGUUUUGUCUCCACUGAACCAGACCUUGGGGGCCUGCAAAGAUUUAAUCAAGAAACAAGUGUAUGCUGACAUUGGGCGGAGGCUGACCUUGCUGGAGGAAAUGUGGACCAGUGAGAAGCUGUCUCCUUCUGUGUGCAAGAGAAUGGGUGUAUUAGUGAGAGAGCUGAAGUGUCAGAACUGGGAUUCCGCCGACGAAAUCCACAGGUCUCUUAUGGUAGAUCACGUCAAUGAAGUCGGGCAGUGGAUGGUGGGAGUAAAACGUUUGAUUGCAGAAGCUCGAAAUUUACCUCAGGAUACUCUGCCUUCAGAAGAUGACACACCAACAGACCGCACCGCGGACAGUGUUAACCAGGAGUGUUAGGAAGCCGGUUUAAUAGGUGUCGUCAAGUAUUGCUAUGCAGUUGGUUGGUACAUAGUAUCAAAUUAUUCUAUUUACCAAUUACCACCCUAGUGUUCUUAUUCAUGUUUUGGUAUCCCCCCCCCCCCUCCUCCCAUAGUAACUGUCUUAAAUUAUACCUGUCACAUACAUACAUUACAGGCAGCCAUCUUGUUUGCCGGGCCAGAGUUCCUGGAGAUUGCAGCCUAUAAUUUCACAAGGACCCAUGACACUACUGUGGCCAUUCAUGGUUCAUCCCACAGAAUGGUUUCCCUCCACUCUGCACUUUAAUGUGUUUACCCACUGCUGCUACAGACCUAUGGAAAACGUAACCGAUCCACGAUUUCUGAGCCACUACUGGCUAUGAAGGAAACCAAGACCAUAUCCUGUUCCUACUUGGAAUUCAAGUUAAAUGCUUAGUUUCUCACAGGAACCUGAAGAUAACGCUGGCUAACUUUUUAUAUACAGUGAAAGCACUAAAAUAUUGCAGUUGAGUGAUUUUAGAUGAUGGAAUCUGGUUUCACCAUCGGAAUAUUUGAGAGUUUGUAUCGCCUUUGCUGUGGAAACUGCACCUUUAUUUUAUUGGAAUAAUUCUGUUAUUUUUAAAUAAAUUUGGUUACAAUUGUAAA